AUGGAGGCUCUCCAUCGCCAGCAAGGCUUGCUAGAUGAAGAGCAAGAGCUUGUCCGCGAGCAGCGCAAGCUUGUUCGUCAGAAGCAGGAGCUUAACCAGCGCAUUAUCGAAGAGAUGGGAAGAAGAGGAGAAGGAGCAGAUUCCCGCGGUCAGACGCAUGUGCCCUCAUCAACCACCCUCACUCCCAUCGACGGCCCGCCUGCGCAAGUUCAAAUCCCACGACAAAGUGCAAUCGGCAAGAAGAAUGUCGAGCACAGUGCGACGGGCCUCGCAGCACCUCCCGCUCCCGCGAUAGGCAGCAAGGUCACUUCAUUAACUGCUUUCGGUCCUCCACCAACAACAAACUCAAACAACCCCAAGGGGCCAAGCCAACAAAACACCUACGCAAGAUACGACGAUCAGUAUCCCACACUCGCUGCGAUCGACGACGGCGUUUUCGAGCUCGCCUGCUACUUCUGCAUGGGCAACCACUUCCGCAAAGGCAAAGGCAAAGGUCCAUUGCAGCCAAUUCAAGGCGUCCGCGGCAUGCACACGCACAUUAACUCAUGUCACGAAGGAGAGCAAGCACACGACAAUACGCCUCGAGGCUACGAGUGGGUGGCGAGGAACUGUGUUGACAAACGUCUGUCGAAGGCGGAUCUCAAGGCGGCGGGAAACAGGGAGUAUGUGACUCGCGAGGUUGUGGAGGUCUCGUACCGGACUGCUGCCUGA